UAUAAUUUAUAAACAAAGCUCAUAAGUCCACAUUACAGAUGGAUUGUAAAAUCCCUGAGAUAAUAAAUAAACUGUGUUAUAGAAGAGAAGCAACAAGGCUUUCUCCUAUACAUACUCUGCUAACAAUGAAUAUGUGGGAAGCAACACAUAGAUCAGGUCAUAAUAUGGAUUCAAUUGUUGAAUUUGACAGCUCAAAAAUAGGGGUAAAAGGUUUGUCUGAUCUAGGCAUACAACAAGUCCCCCAUUUCUUUAUACAGCCUCCACACACCCGCCCAUUUCAACUUCCCACUCACCCACAAAUUCCCCUUGUCAGUUUCCAUGACAUCCAAGGCUCUCGUCGACCACAGAUUAUCCAACAAAUUCUGCAAGCUUGCCAAACAUGGGGCUUCUUUCAGGUUGUGGAUCAUACAGUUCCUGUGAGUGUUAUGAAGAGUAUUCUGGAAGCUGCUGGGAGAUUUAAUAGAGAACCCAUUGAAGAUAAGAUGAAGUACUACUCUCAUGACUACAAUAAUGCUGUAAAAUUUGCUCCCAGCUUUAAUCUCCACAAGCAAACAGCUGUCGACUGGAAGGAUGCACUGCGUCUGACUUAUGCGCCCGGCUUUCCCCAAUGCCAUGAAUGGCCUGCUACUCUAAGGGAAGAAAGCAUAGAUUUCUGUAAACACAUGAGGGAUUUUGGUGCUUUGGUGCUGACUUUGCUAUCAGAAGCACUUAACUUGGCUCCUGAUUAUCUCACAGAGACCAUUAAUUGUAUGGACCGUCAAAUUAUGAUGAUGAAUUUUUAUCCACCAUGUCCUCAACCAGAUCUCACACUUGGCACAUCAAUUCAUUCAGAUAUGGGAAGUAUAACAGUGUUACUGUUGGAUGAAGUGGGUGGUCUCCAAGUUAAACAUAAUGGUGACUGGGUGGGUGUUGAUCCAAUUCAUGGAGCUUUUGUUAUUAAUAUUGGAGAUCAAUUAGAGAUAUUGUCUAAUGGAAGAUUCAAGAGUGUGGAGCACAGAGCUGUGACCAACGAUGUAGCAGAACGAGUUUCUAUUCCUACAUUUUUCAGUCUAUUAAUGGAAUCCCAUGUGAAGAUUGGACCGAUCCCUCAUUUGCUGAAUUCUGAAAAUCCCCCACAUUACAAAGAAAUUGGUGUAAAUGAAUAUGCAAAAUAUUACAUGAACAAUUCUGAUCAUAGCAAAAGUUGCCUUGAAAUUGUUAGGCUAAAGGGUAGGCCUUUGCAAUCUAGUGUAUAAUAUUUGAGAUAGAAGAAAGGAUGCAUUAGUAUGCCUCAAAGUCUAUUUAUGAUGCCCAUUGUGCAUUAUAAUAAAGUUAUUUU